AUGACUUGUGGACUGUAUCUGGUUUUGAUCUUCUCCUGCGUUCAUUUGAUUUCUCUGUCAGGUCAACAAGAAACCGGGUUUGUCUACAAUGGCUUCGAUCAAGCAGACCUUUAUGUUGAUGGGCUCGCCAGAAUCCUUCCUGGUGGGCUUUUGCAGUUGACAAAUGCAUCAGAGUUUCAAACGGGUCAUGCUUUCUUCAAGCAGCCAUUUGUUUUCCAUCCAUCUUCAUCACUCUCCUUCUAUACACAGUUUGUAUGUGCGUUGGUGCCUCCUAAGUUGGGCGCUGAUGGUGGCCAUGGGAUUGCCUUUGUUGUAUCUCCUUCCAUGAAUCUCUCCCAUGGAUCUACAACUCAGUACUUGGGCGUCUUCAGCAACCCAGUAAAUGGUACUUCUUCUUCUUCUUCUCAU